UCCCUCAGACCUUCCCUUGUUGCCACUUGUUGGGAGACUCUCUUAUAUACCACAGCUAAACUCUCUUCAUAUAUAUACAUACAUAUAUAACAUAUAAGUAGGGCUUGCUUUGCUUCAUGCUGUUGAGAAUAAGUUGCUCCAAUUGCUAAACAUCUCAAGCUUCAGCCUACAGGGGCUGAUCAUCAUAUAUAUCAAUAUAGCUCGAGGAUCAACCAUAUACAUCGGAUCGGAGUUCUGUCGAUCGACAGAGCUCGUCAUCGUCCUGCUCUAUAUCUUCCUUUUGCACAAGACGAUAUCGAGAGACACCAAGGAUUUCAUUAAUCUGAGUUAGCUAUAGCUCCCCUUGCUCUUGGUGCAUCAAGAUGAGAGGCUUUGCUUGUGCUCAUCAUGCAGAGAAACGCCAUCGCCUGGACAGAACUUUGACAAACAGAGGGUGACACACACCCAAUGCAUGCUUGGAGCCUUGGAGAUGAAGUCGUCAGCGAUAACGAAAGGUAGCAGUUUGAGCAGGAAGGAUUGCAUCGGGAGCUACUACGCCAAGGAUGCCAAGUACAGGCCGUUCAGCGCGCUGCUGCCCGAAGGCUGGAGCGGCAAGGUUCUGUACGUGAAGCUCGUGCUCGUCCUCCUCAUGUGCGGCUCCUUCAUGGGCCUCCUCAACUCGCCGUCCAUCCACCUCGCCGACGAGCACCACCACCACACCACACAGCCAGAGGCGGCGUCGAAAUCGAGCUGGAUGUCGCACCCGGACGCGGCGAACUCGGGGUACGCGUCGAGCCUGAGGAUCGACUGGUCGCAGAUCGAGACGGCGGCGGAGCACUUUGCUCCGGCAGCGGCGGACGGCGGCGGCACGUCGCGGACGCGGACGCGGGUUGCGCUGCUCAACUUCGACGACGGCGAGGUCGAGGAGUGGAAGGCGCGGAUGCCGCACACGGACGCCUCCGCGGUGCGCCUGGACCACGUCGGCAGCGACGUCACCUGGGAGCACCUGUACCCGGAGUGGAUCGACGAGGAGGAGCGCUACGGCGCGCCGGCGUGCCCGGACCUGCCGGAGCCAUCGGUGGAGUCGGAGGAGGCGAGGUACGACGUCGUCGCGGUGAAGCUCCCGUGCGGGCGCGCGGCGAGCUGGUCCAAGGACGUGGCGCGGCUCCACCUGCAGCUGGCCGCGGCGCGUCUCGCCGCGCGCGCGCGCCACGGCGGUGGGCCGGCGGCGGCGCACGUGCUCGUGGUGAGCCGGUGCUUCCCGAUGCCUAACCUGUUCAGGUGCCGGGACGAGGUGGCGCGCGACGGCGACGUGUGGCUGUACAGGCCGGACGUGAGCGACCUCCGCCGGAAGCUGGAGCUCCCCGUGGGGUCCUGCAAGCUGGCCAUGCCGUUCAGAGCGCUCGGCGAGCCGUACGUCUCCGCGGCGCCGCAGCGCGAGGCGUACGCGACGAUCCUGCACUCGGAGCAGCUGUACGCGUGCGGCGCCAUCACGGCGGCGCGGAGCAUCCGGAUGGCCGGGUCCGGUCGGGACAUGGUGGCUCUGGUGGACGAGACGAUCAGCGCGCGGCACCGCGGCGCGCUGGAGGCGGCCGGGUGGGUGGUGCGGACGAUCCGGCGGAUCCGGAACCCGCGGGCGUCGCGGGACGCGUACAACGAGUGGAACUACAGCAAGUUCUGGCUGUGGACGCUGACGGAAUACGAGCGGGUCAUCUUCCUGGACGCCGACCUGCUGGUGCAGCGGCCCAUGGAGCCGCUGUUCGCGAUGCCGGAGGUGAGCGCCACGGGGAACCACGGCGCCUACUUCAACUCGGGGGUCAUGGUGGUGGAGCCCUGCAACUGCACGUUCCGGCUGCUGGCGGACCACGUCGGCGACAUCGAGUCGUACAACGGCGGCGACCAGGGGUACCUGAACGAGGUGUUCGCGUGGUGGCACCGCCUGCCGUCGCACGCCAACUACAUGAAGCACUUCUGGGGCGGGGACACGGCGGAGCGCGCCGCCGCCAAGCGCCGCGUGCUGGCGGCCGACCCGCCCGUGGCGCUCGCCGUGCACUUCGUCGGACUCAAGCCCUGGUUCUGCUUCCGGGACUACGACUGCAACUGGAACGUGCCGGCGCUGCGCCAGUUCGCCAGCGACGAGGCGCACGCGCGGUGGUGGAAGGUGCACGACGCCAUGCCGCCGCGGCUCCAGGGGUUCUGCCUGCUGGACGAGCGGCAGAAGGCGCUGCUGCGGUGGGACGUCGCGCGGGCGAGGGAGGCCAACUUCUCCGACGGACACUGGAGCGCGCGGAUCGCCGACCCGCGACGGAGCAUCUGCGCAGGCGGCGGCGACGCCGAGGCCUGCCGCGAGAGGGAGAUCGCCGGCCGCCGGGUGGAAGGGAACCGGAUCACCACGUCGUACGCCAAGCUAAUUGACAGUUUCUGAAUUCUGACGGCAGCAGUAACAACAUCAUAUUCAUCAUCUAACGGCGCGUGCUCCGUGCUCGUGCUUUUCGAAUUUUGGUGCUAUUGAUCCAUCAUCCACAUCCAUGGCCAUCAGGAUUGACCUGCUGAGAUGGUCGAGCGAGAUGCCAGGGCUAUGUCUGUCUGUCUGUCUGUCUGUCACGUGGCAACAUGCUCAGCAAUCUUUGGUACCUCGUCUCAUGCAUGCCAAGUGGAUGCUUGCGUCAAAACCUCUUUGGUGUGAUUUUGGUCUGUGAAUAGUCGAUUCUCCGAUGAAAGACCUUACUCA